AUGUCUUCCCUACCCGCCAGAGGUUCUCCACGGGUCUUGACGCCCCGCGCACAUACCGCUACCCCAACUGCUGCUCGCCGUCGCCAAACUUCUCACCUCCGUCCAUCUUCCACAUCCACGUCAACAAUGGUGAACCCGCUCUCCCCGCUGCCACCGCAUCACUCCAACCAACCCACACCCGACGGCGAGGUCUUUCACCGGGACCACUCUCUGAUCUCGUUCGAAUGGCAGAUCCAGGGACUAGACUGGCUCCGGCGCAGUCUGGAGGAGGUGCCCAUCAGCGGAUGGACGGUGGACUAUGAGGUGGAGAAUCCAGAGAUCCUUCCUGAGCUGUUACGGCGGGGAGUGGUCAUCGGGGACGGCUGGUAUAAGCUAGAUCUGGCACGAACCAUACCCGCUCCGUGCAGCCCCAAGACGCCUCUGGAGGAGAUCGCCGACUCGAUCACUGUGCGAAGCGCAGAACCCUCCGCUCCCACCUCCCUCUCCCUCUACAUCACCUCGCCCACUCUCGAGUCCGCUCCGCUCGACUACGCCUUCACCUCGUCCAUUUCCAUCGGAAUCCGCCCGUCCUCGCCCGACGUCGGCCAGAGUCACUCCUACACGAGAUGGGUAUGGCAUACCUCGCUGGAGCACGAAUUCACCAAAGACUCGGAACACGCCACGGUCACCCUGCCUCCGCUGGAGGACCUCCUCGUGGGGCCAAUCGGCGCGGACGACGGUUUCACGCUUUGCGUUCAGCUCGGCAGCCCGGCUCAGCUCAAGCCCGGCUUUACUGUCCCAGAGACGUUCGUUGGCCCAACCUCCAUGCUGCAUGCGCUCGGAAGUCUAGUCGACUCGUCUAGCGGAGAUGUGCAGUUCAUCUGCCUGGAGCACGAUGCGACCUUAUCUCGGAAGCGCGUCCUCUACGCCCACUCGGAGAUCCUCCGAGCCCGCAGCGACUAUUUCAAGUCACUCCUGGCGGGCGGUUUCCGCGAAGUCGAAGGGGGAAAGGUGGUGGUCGUGGAUGAUGCGGAUUACGGGACAGUCUUUCUCUAUUGUAACGAGCUCCGCUUUUCGCCUACAGACGACGUGCGGGAGGUGAUGAACCGGCUUCAAAUGGACCGCCGAGAGGUACAGCGCGUGCUGUCGGGUCGUCACCAGGGCUGGGGGUAUCGCCAAAUCCCACUCGAAGGCGAAGCAGACGAGGCCUCCACCUCCCUAUCUCUCUCCGUCUCCGAGCUCGACAUACGCAGCGAGCACGCCAGCGUCAGCAGUUCAGCGGCUGUAUCGCCUCCUCCAGACAAGCGUACGCCGUCGGCCAUGGUAUCGACCGUAACGUCUCGCCGCCUCGCCACUACUCGCCCCACCCCGACCAAGGCGGAGGUCCCCAAGCGACCCGUCAAAACUCCUACGUCUCCUCCUGUCUCUCGCGGACAUCUCCCCAUGCGCCUUCCCGAGCCUGCUCCGGACCCGCACACCCACCCCUCACCUCCUCCCUCGCCUGCAUCGCCUCUCGCCAUCUACAUGCUCGCGCAUCGCUACCGGCUGGACGUACUGGAGAAUCUGGCCAAGGAGAGAAUCCUCAAGGGGCUGACAAUCGAGAACUGCAUGCCCAUGCUCUUCUCCACCCACGCGUACGACGCACUCCAUACCGACAUCCUCGACUAUGUCGUCGACUACUUUGGGUCCGUCCAGCUCUCGCCCGAGUUUCACGUCUGCAUCAAAGAGGUCUCGUCGGGUGUAUGGGGCGAGACCGGCGGGGACGUCCUGGUAUCGCUCUUCAGGCGAUUGUGA